UCAGAAAUGGGGGUGCAGGCACUUUCCCUGUUGCGAACCCCAGCCCUGUAAAUGCAGAUCAAACGCUGAAGGGGAUGCUGUCCCCUCUCAGCCCAGGAGCCAGCAUGGCUGAAGGCAACCGGGGUGGCUCGCUGGCCUUUGGCCAGGUGGUCAUCGGCCCGCCGGGCUCCGGCAAGACGAGCUACUGCCACGCCAUGAGGGAAUUCCUGAGCCGGCUGGGCCGGCGCGUGGCCGUGGUCAACCUGGACCCCGCCAACGAGGCCCUGCCCUGCCCCUGUGCCGUGGACAUCGGCGAGCUGGUCACCCUGGCCGACGUGAUGGCCAGCCUGGGGCUGGGCCCCAACGGGGGCCUCCUGUACUGCAUGGAGUACCUGGCGGCCAACGCGGACUGGCUGCGGGACAGGCUGCAGGGCCUGCGGGGACACUACGUCCUCUUCGACUGCCCCGGGCAGGUGGAGCUCUACACACACCACCAGGCACUGAAGGAUGUCUUUGCCCAGCUGGCCAAGUGGAAUUUCAGGCUGGCUGCCGUGCACCUGGUGGAUUCCCACUAUUGCACAGAUCCUGGGAAGUUCAUCUCUGUGCUCUGCACCUCCCUGUCCACCAUGCUGCACGUGGAGCUGCCCCACGUCAAUGUCCUCUCCAAGAUGGACCUGAUCGAGCAGUACGGGAAGCUGGCUUUCAACCUGGAUUAUUACACCGAGGUCCUGGACCUCUCUUACCUCGUUGACCAUUUGGCCUCCGACCCCUUCUUCAGGAAUUUUCGCCGCCUCAACGAGAAGCUGGUGGAGGUGAUCGAGGACUACAGCCUGGUGUCCUUUGUGCCACUCAACGUCCAGGACAAGCAGAGCAUGAGGCAGGUGGUGCAGGCUGUGGACAAGGCCAAUGGAUAUUCCUUCGGGGACCAGGAGCACCGGAGCCUGGAGGCGCUGAUGUCGGCAGCUGUGGGGGCUGAUUUCCACUUCUCUUCCACCCUGGCAGUGCAGGAGAAGUAUGUGCAAUCUCAGGACAAAGCUGUGGAAGAGGAGGUGAUGGAUCUGUGACGGGCCCUUCCCUGCUCCUCUGUUUUUGACACCUCUCCUUUUCCUACCCAGAGCUUCAGCUGUGACCAGAGCAGCUGAAAGCCUUUCCAGGCAGUCUGGACUCCCUCUCUGGGUGGGUUUGACCUCCCCAGCUCCAGGCCUGCUGCCCAGAGCAGGGAUUUGACAGAAGGAAGGUGGCUGAGGGUCUUCCCUUUGGAACAGAGAGAUUGAGCCAGGGAAGGCAGGAAGAGCAUGGAAAAGAAGCGAGAUAAAGUCUCCUCCAUCAUGCCCAAGACAGAUCCAGGGAAAGAAAAAUCAUCUGGAGCUGCCUCACGUGCAGUGAGAGCUGAGGCACCAGUGCUGGGUUUGCUGCAGGAGGAGCGUGCACGGCCCCACGCUCCGAGGAGAAUCCAGGCCAAGACGCCUCCACUCCGUCUCAAGGACAGGAAGAUGUUUGUUUUUCUUUUUCUUAGAAAUAAUGAUGGACUCUUUCUUAAUAAAACACUCCUCGGUCUCACUUUCAUCUUA